GCUUACGAAAUAGGUUCAUGCGUAAACAUGUGAUUAGAUAAAAGAUGCCAUUACUAUUAAAAAAUUUUCAACUUUCUUUCAGUUCUUUGUUGUCUUCUCGAUAAUACUAUUUCUAUUCAAAGUUAUAUUAAUAUAUCAACAAUGACUACAUUGGAUAUCAGUGGACUUACCAUAACAAAAAGGGACUUACAUACCCCAUCUCUUGAUGAAAUAAAAGAUGUUUUAAAAGAAGGAUUAGCUAAAAAUUUUGUAGAGGUUCAAGUGGAAGUUGUUGAUUGCCCAGAUUUAACCCAGCAACCCUUUACACUUGCUGCACCAGGAUUAAAUGGCAACCCAGUACUCUUAGAAGUUGGUGGUCCAUCGUAUCUUCUUCCCAUUGUGCAAAAGAACAAGUUAUAUGAUAUUCAACAACUUCUAAAUCACUUACAAUACAACAAGGAUUCCUUUGUUGUUGGAGCAGGAGCUGGCCCAUGGCCACACAUCAAUUCUAAUUGUGAGCUUAUGAUGAACAUGACUAUAUCACCAUCUAAUGUACAAAAUGGAACUCGUAUUGCAUCUGUAAAUAAAGAAAAUGGAAACUGUGUGCUCCAGAAUUUACCUAAUAGUGAAACAAGAUUUGCUUUGUUAGCCAACUUAUUUGUUACUGAAGGAAAGCCUGGAAAAGUUUUAAAAGUGCAUGCUAAAAAACGUACUGGAAAUAAUGAUUUUAUUGCUAGUAUGCAAAAGGCAAUUGCACAACAGUAUCAAAAUAAUCUUGUUGGAUUGGGAGGAACGUUUUUAAUGAAAGAUGGAAAAGUUAAACAGCAUGUUAUGGCAGACUUUUCAGCAAUCCCCUUAAAUACUGAAACACAACUUAAUAACUGGUUAAAUUUCUUCAACAUGUCAACACCUUUAGUAGCUGUUGGUACAUUUGUCAGUUCUGAAAGUGACCUUGAUCUUCGUGUUCAACACUUUCAUAGCUUUUCUCACCAUGGAGAAGGAGGUCAUUAUCAUAUUGAUACAACUCCAGAAACUAUAGAAUAUUUGGGAUAUUUCAACUUAGGUACUACACUUUAUCGUGUAGACAAACCAUCAACUCUUCUACAGUUUGGAAAGGACUAACUCUUUUUAUAUGAUUACACAAACAUUUUGUAAGGUUGAAGAA